AUGCCGGUGUAUGAAACGUCAACCCAAAGGGCACGCAAGAUACCUGCGGACAAAAUCUCGAGGUAUUCGCCAUCAUUACCACGCUUCAAUUUGUCUUUAGUUGGUUUGCAGGAUAACGAGGCCCAUUUAUGGCACUAUUUCGACAACUUCAUAGCUCCACGAUGUGUCGUGAGUUGUGUCAAAAACCCAUAUCGUCAGAUCGUCCUUCGAAUUGCAGCAUCAUCGCCACACGGCCCGGUCUUACAGGCCAUCUUGGCCGUGUCAGCCCAACAAAUGCAGGCGCUGGGGCAUGGUGAAAGUACUGUCCGAAUCUGGGAUCAUCGAAACCGAGCUCUGGAACUAUUGCGCGGCCACGUGCUUGCCUAUUCCAUGUCGGAAGCGGAGGGGAAGCCGAAUGCGAGUAUGCUUGCCCAAGAAAUUAUGGCUUCCACCAUGAUGAUGUGUUUCUUCGAGAUCCUACAUGACUGCUCUGAUGCUUGGAAAGUCCAUGCCAAUUUUGGCAAGUCAUUCUUGAUGAAUGAGCUGGCAUCAAACCAGACCAUACCAUCAGACUCUAAGGAGCUUUUUGACUUCGCAGCUGCUUACUUCACAUAUCAUGACGCCCUCGCUUCAACUGCUGGAACGAAUCCGGGGAUGCAAGACAGCACCAGCAGCCUCCGUCAUCUCCUCUAUAGCGAGGAAUCCACGCUUGAAAGCCUUUCAGGCUGCUCAAGACGUCAGGUAGCUCUAUUGUCCGAAAUUUCAGACCUCGCCGGCCAGGCAUCCUGUGGUACUGGCGGCGCACUACAGUAUCAUGACGACAUUCUUGAAAGGGCGAGUUCCUGGCAGCAAAAGCGAGAUACAAUCGAGAGAAACUUGCACCUAUUGAAGGAAAUAUCAGUUCCAUCAUCAAGCGAAUUAUCUCCUAAGUCUGCAAAGGAAGAGACCCCCUGGUUAGUUCCGGAGCUGAAAAGACUCACAUGCCUGUUAUACUUUUACGCGCGAGUUGACGAGUCAAACCCCUCGGAUCCACACAUGAUCAGACUCACAGACAAAAUCUUGGAACUUCUUCCGCAUACCUCUCUUCAAACAAAUACUGUUCUUUGGCCACUUUUCAUAGUUGCGACACUUGGAGUCCGCUCAGAAUCUGAUAGCGACAGGAAGUUGAUACUGGAGCGACUACACUUACUACAACAAACACGGCAGUUAGGGAACGUCAGAAAAGCGAGACAAAUCAUUGAGAAUGUUUGGAAAGCGCGAGAUAUUGACUCCUGUAAAGGGAAGCAAGGUUGGGCUGUUUUAGAGGGGCGCUAUGAUGCCAUGAGUCUUGCUUAA